GUCGAAACCGAAUCUCCUCUUGACAUCUCAAUACCAGGGCACACUUUGCCGAUGCCUCCCAGAAAGAAACGUAAAAUACCACCUGGGGAGAGAGUUGGGGAAGGACAGAGUUGUCAAAGGCUGUCCUCCCCUAGCAAGAAAAACAGAUUAUUCCGUUGCCAAUUCUGUGCUAGAGAAUUUCAACGGAAUGAGCACUUGCAACGACAUGAACGGCUACACACGAAGGAAAAGCCCUUUGGCUGUACCGUCUGCCCAGAAACUUUUACCCGAAGGUAAAAGCAGAUGCAGAUACUCCUUACUAGUUGCUUGUACCUUUGGCUAAAAAGAUGGCUGAACCAGUGACCUCCUAGCUCGUCAUCUGCGCCUCUGCCAUACUGUUGCUUCGACCAACCUAAAUGGUUCCGGAACACCUUUGAAUUAUCGCAGCAAAUCGCCAGAGUAUGCUAGUUAUGCUUCCGAUGCUGCAAAAAGUGCAUCGGCCCAUAUCCAUACAGGACCAGAUACGGCACUUACUGCCAACGACUCGGGUCAUUCUUCGUCCAUAUUGCCGCCCUCCGACGCAUGCUUGAUUCCCGUCUCAGAUGCAUUUUGCUCGAGUUACUCGAGGACUCAUGCGGAUAAUUCAAUCGCAAUGCCCGUAGAGGCUUCUUCCAACUCGUCACCGGCGCCGUGG